UCCAGUCCGCCCGUUCCCACUCCCAAAGUCGCAGGCGCUCCGCCACCGCUUGCUGCUCGCGAACCCGGGCGCCUGAGCUCGACACGCAGCGCUGCGCUGGUGCCGCGUCGGAGAGGCCCAAGGACGGACGCCAUGGACGCCGUCUCCUGCGUGGGUGUGACGCCGCAGGGCGCGCUCCUGUCUCGCUCGUUCGCCGACGCCGCCAUCGCCCGCGCGCUCCACUUCUCCCUCUCCGACGCGCCCGGGCCGUCCGCGCCCGCCGCCGAGGCGGCCACUACAGCGGCACCGCCCGCGGCGGCGGUGCUGAUGCACGGCUUCGGGGGCCACACGCCGAUGGGCAGCGUGGCGCCGUCGCCGUCGUCGCCCGCGCGGUGCCGGCUGGGGCCGGCGGGCGGGCACGCGGGGAAGCGGCGGCGCCCUCGGCCGUCGAAGCGCGCGCCCACCACGUACAUCAGCACCGACGCGGCCACGUUCCGCGUCAUGGUGCAGCGCGUCACGGGCGCCGACGAGUCCGAGCUGCUGCUGCAGCAGCAGGACGGCGCCAGCGGCCUCGGUCUCGGCCUCCUCCUGCCGCAGCUCGGCGUCGAGCAGUUCCUUCAGGCGGGCCCCGCGGCGCACGCCGCCGCCGCGGCGUACACGACGGCUCCCCCGCCCGCCCCGGCGGAGCAGCAGCCGCUGUUCCCGACGCUCGACUCGUGGAACGUCAUGUACGGGAAGAAGAACGAGGUGGUCUGAGCUCUGAAUGGCCAAUGAAAACACGUCGUGUUAUCACUGUAGUCCGUUCGAGGCGACCUUGCAGCAUCAGCGUGGAUGAUCAGUCGAUGUCGAUGAUCCCUUCUUCUUGAUGGUCGCAGAAGCAGCACAAUCGGGGUGACCGUGAGUGGUCUUCUAGGCCACUAGGGCUGUAGUGUUAAUCAGAGAACCAGGCGAUCAAGCUCUCUCUUGCGAUUACAGUAGCUUUGCAGUUGCAGUUGCAUGUACAUGCCUCCCGUCAGCGUGAGCUUCCUGCUUCAUGUAUCAAAAUGAUGGCGUUCGUAAAAAAAAACUCUAUCCCUGGUACUGCUAGUA